ACAGCUGCUCACCUGGUCAAGCUGUUGGACUCACCUGUUCAGAUCAAGACAACAUCAGGUUGGUGGGAGAGGCCAGCCGAUGUGCCGGGAGACUGGAGAUGUUACAUCAAGAAGAGUGGAGACCAUUGGAUGUUUGGUAUAGUUACUGGGACAUGAACUCAGUUGCUGCAGUUUGUGCUGAACUGGACUGUGGUUCUGCUGUUUCAGUAAGAAAGUCAGAGGAAGAUUCAGAGAGACCAGUUUGGUGGAUCAGGUCUGACUGUUUGCAGUCAAGAUCUGCAUUAAAGAACUGUUUACCUAAUGGUGAAAACAAUGAUCAGAGCUAUGAGAUCAUCUGCUCAGGUCUGCUGGUUGAGCCGCUCAUCUUCCUCUCUUCCUCCACUGACGGGGUCUCCACAGGCAGAAAGCAGGGGUCUGAGCUCCUCAUUGGCUCACAUUUCAGCAUCAUGUGCUCCAUCAGACCUCAGUAUGAAGGCGGCUCCUUCCAGCUCAUCUUCAGCACCUCUAACUACACUCAGAACCAGACCCUGCCAGCUGUUAAUCACUCCGCCCUCUUCCUGUUCUCUGCUGCUGGCCACGCCCACCAAGGAACCUACCUCUGCGUUUACCACGUCUACGUUUUCUCCUAUAACUUCUCCUCUAUCAGCCAGCCUCUCAACCUCACUGUCUCAGGCAAACUCAUGGAGUCCAUGAGGAAAAGUUCUGCUUCAGUUUCAGCCUCUCCCACUGCUUUGAUCAUCAGACUGGUUGUCGUCCUGCUGGGUAUGCUGGGAUCAGUCCUGGUCCUCUACUUUAAGGCCAGGAGAAACCAGAAGCCUGGACCAGAAAAUAACCAUCAUGAUGAAGGAUCCAGAGCUGAAGGCAGCUUAGAGGAGGAGACUGCAGUCUGAAGGAACCAGGAGAAAAUGAUCUUCAUUUCACAUCCGCAGGAAGGAGCAGAGACAUGUUUCAGACUCCUGGAAAUCUAUCCGUCUAUGUAUCUAUGAUAAAAUGUCUCUGUGCUCCUGCAGCAGGAAGGAAGUUCAACAUUCAGAAAUUUGUAUCUGGACUAAACCUACUUAAGUUAAACUUAUAUAAGAAGGGAACACAAAACAAAACAUUCAACAAACAAAAUAUAACAGAAAACCCACUUCAUCAAAAUCUGAUCUUCAUCAACCUUGCAAGGAUAGCAUAUGAUAGGAUAUUUGGGGUCAAAGGUCAGGACCCAAUUCCAUCAGGCCCUGAACCCAGCGUGUGUCCUUGUCUUAGUUGAAUUGUGUGACAAAUGUAAUAUAGUUGAUUCUGGCUUGUAAUACUUUGUCCUGCCUGUAGGUGGUGUAUGUCAUCACUGCCAUGAUAACCCAUCCAAUACAUCCAGUUCCCACAAGUCUGAACCAGAUGUGAUCUGCGCCAUCUUAGUAGGGAAGUGCAUGCACAAUGCAUAGUGGACCAAUGGCUCCGAGACCAACAC